AAAUUCCGUGGAGGUUGCGCAACGUCCACGAAACCGCCGACCAUGUCAUUUGUCGAUCCUCUUCCACUAAAGCUACCAUACCGGUACCACCUCCCAAUGGUUUGUGGACUCGGAAGAUUGAAGCAAACUAACAUAGACAUACAACGAUGAUGGAAGCAGCAUUGUCACCACCUCACGGUCACGGUCUGUAUGGGAACAACAAUCAGGCUUACUCAAGACAGAGAGUGCAUGCGUGUCAUAAUACCGGUAACGGCAUACAACAAUCAUCUGGCUACCCCCAACAAUCAUUUCCAAUUUGUCCUCCGCCAAAUGGACACCGUCAUGCUCCGUAUCGGGAUGAUCCUUCCAUGAUGAACGGACCGCCCUUGGAAUCCUACACUCCUGGUGGCUACGGUCCUAGUCAUUCUAUACCAGCUCCAGAAAAGAACAAGAAUCUUCCUCUCUCCCGACGUCUCUGUCAAGCCGCCAUGUCCUGCUUGUGCUGUUGUUGCACGAAUGGCACCAGUUCGUCUGCAGCAGCAGCAGAAGACAAUGACCGAUAUUACAAAGACGAUUUCAAUGACUCGUCAUGGAGUUGCAGUGUUGGGACUACCGAUGAACACGGGGUGUGGAUGAAUCGCGGCGAUGCUGCCGGCAGCAUGAUGUCACUCAUCGUGUGGGGCCUGAUUGGAUACUCUUCCUUUACCAUGACAUUUCUCGCCAAAACAGGGGGCAUCCAACCCAUUCAUUCCAUUAUUUACACAAUCCUGGCGUUCAUGGCAUUGGCAUGUCAUGCCAAAACAUCCCUGACAGAUCCCGGAUCGGUACCCGCAUCGGCCGUUCCCACCGAAACCCAACGAACCACCGCCAUCAAAUUGAGCAUGUGCAGUCAAUGUCAAACAUUCAAACCACCCCAAUCGCAUCAUUGUCGAAUCUGCAAUCGAUGCAUAUCUAGAAUGGACCAUCAUUGUCCGUGGAUGAAUAAUUGUGUGGGGGCGGGAAAUCUCAAGCAUUUUAUUCUCUUUUUACUCUACACAUGGACGUGCUCGGCCAUGUGUCUGCUACUGCUGGGAUGGAAUUACUUUUUUUGUGCCGAUGAGGAUUGUACAUUUACCGCCGUGCUGAUACAGCUUGUAAGGGUCAUGACGUUUCUGUCCGUGGGAGCCUUUUUGUUUACCAGCAGUAUGAUUAUGAAUGUGUGUUAUGGUCUCAUGACGGGCAUUGGUACUAUUGAUCGACUCAAAAAGAAAGCCACCAAUACCAUGGAUGAUUCUGAUGAAGAACAAAUCGCACUCAAGGAUGUCUUUGGAAUUGGGCCCUAUUGGACGUGGCUGAUACCGACAGAUCCCUUGUUGGAAGAUUAUGACCGGGUCAUGGGAUACAGUACUCCACAGCGGUUGUUACGGGAGCAAAUGAUACAGCAUGGCAAAAAUCCGGCACACUUGGAUGCCAUGGAUGCGUAUACGGAUACUCCCUCGGUGGUCAGCAGAGAUAGCUAUGGGAUACCCAUCUAG